UUAGCCUUGACGUGCACGGCUUUGGCUUUUGUCUUCGCCCCACCUCGCAAGCCAAGCAAGGUAUUUGUUCACCGUCGCUUUGUUCUUCUCAACCUCCACGGAAACCCCGGCUUGCCUAAUGAUAAAUGCACUCGAAUCGCUUCCCAUAUCACCUAUUAAUAUGAACUCAAUAAGCUGAGUCGAAUGUUUGAUGUGUUCUGGAGGUUGAGCUCGCGACUCUAGCAUUGGAGGAUGCAGAUGAGAAAAUGCAUCUUGAAGCUCAUCGCACCCUGGUGCACCUGCUCGAUAAGAUUCGUUCCGGCAACAUAUGAGACAAGGGAUCUCGAGGCUUAUCGGACACUGGUACGCCUGUUUGACAUGGACAACAUGAUCAUUCUCAAGCAUUUAAUCUAUGCCAAGGACGACAUACAGCCGCUGGUGGCCGGUUCCACAAAAUCAAGGGCCAGCCUUGAAGUGCUGAGAAAGAAGACAGUAUUGCUACUGAUAUCAGAUCUUGACAUCGCCAUUGAGAACAUCGAACUUCUCAACCACAUGUACAAAGAGUCUCGUCCGAGGCCGGAGUACCAGUUCGAAAUAGUGUGGCUUCUGAUUGUGGAUGUCGAUCCAAAGUCGGCUGCUUGGGAUAUGACCCACCAGCAGAAAUUCGAGGAGCUGCAGAGCAUCAUGUUAUGGUACACUGUCCACCACCCUUCGAUCCUUGUUCCGGCAGUGAUCAAGUACAUAAGAGAGGUGUGGCGUUUCUCGAAGAGGUUCAUCAUAGUAGCUCUUGAUCUAUAGGGGAAGUUGGCUAGCCCCAAUGCCCUCCACAUGAUCUGGAUAUGGGGAAGUUUUGCAUACCCUUUCACUAUGGAGCGAGAGGAAUCGCUAUGGAAGGAGGAGAGUUGGAGACUCGAGCUGAUCAUUGAUGGCUUAGACGACGGGACAAUAGUGGAAUGGGUACAAACUUCAUCCCUAACGAUCCUUUUUUUCCCGCAAAGUUAAUUCUUAGAUAUGCAUUUUCAAGAACACACUCAAAAGAGGCUUUGGUAAACAAACUUUGAUGAAGAGAAAAUAUUCCAAGAUGAACCAUGGACCAGGCUCUAUUUUCCUAGCAAAAAGUAAAGCAGAAGGGGAAGCAAGAUAGGAGUGAGGCAUUCGAUUUUAUAACA